AUGUCCAUCGACAACAAUGACAACAUCAAGCACGACGACUCCGACUCACUAGACUCUGGCGCCGAGGGCGAGCCUUUGUCGGCUGGCGGCGACAACGGCGACAACGGCGCCAACGGCGCCAACGGCGCCAACGGCAACAAUGCGCAGGACAGCCAGCCCAUCAAGCGCAAGGGCGGCCGCAAGCCCAUCUACGCGACGUCCGAGGAGCGCAAGCAGCGCAACCGACAGGCGCAGGCCGCCUUCCGCGAACGCCGCACCGAGUACAUCAAACAGCUCGAGGAAACCAUUCGCGUCCACGAGCAGAACCUGCACAACCUCCAGACCGCCCACCGCCAUGCCGCCGACGAAUGUCUGAUGCUGCGCUACAAGAACUCGCUGCUUGAGCGCAUCCUGCUCGAGAAAGGAAUUGAUGUGCAAGCGGAGCUGCGCGCCAAGACCGGCAGCCCCAACCUGGGCCCUACACACAUGCCACAGAAUAUGGUGCAACCUCCGCCCAUGCCACGAUCCAUCAUCAACCGCCACCACGCUCGCCGAUCCAAUUCCAGCAUUGCACCCAAACUCGACGUCACUGGCACGUCCCUGCCAGGAGCGGGCCUGGUCGGCAUCAACCCGGGCCACCCAACGCCGACGUCGGUCGUCGCAUCGCCAAAGAGUCGGCCCACGCCAUCGUCGCACUCUGCGUCACCUGCAGCCUCCACAUCUGUCUACGGCCAGUCACCAGCUGCAUCCACGUCCGACCCAUCCGCUUCGAUCCGGUCAGUCAUGUCGGCCCCGGCGCCCCCACCACCGCCACCGCCAGCACAGGUACACCAAGCACCACCGGUCCCAGCAGCGGCCGCGAUGAAGGCAGCGCAGCUGGGUGGCCCUAUCACCGGCAUUUCAGGCCCCCAUCCGCAACACACGCAGCACCAGCAGCACCAACAGGCACCUCUGCCGUCACCACAGCCGGCCACGCCACGGUCAGCCAGCGGUGUUGGAGGUGCUCCGUACUACGCGCUGCCCGGGUUCCAGAACCACAUCGACCAGCUCGAGCAGGAAUACGACGCCGCGGACGACAUUAUGGAAGACCCGUCCGAGACGCCCGAUACCCCCUCGGGCCCCAACCCGUACUCAGCGACCGCCUUCUCGGCAGCGCCGCCACCCCUCAGCCUCGCAAGCCCAGCCACCAGUGUUGCGCCCUCCACGGCCCCUUCCAUCAACCUAGGCGCCACCGGUGGCAAUGGUGCCGGCGCACCCGGUACGGCUGUGAGCGGUGGCUCGAACGGCUACCCAUCAAUGACCCAGCUACUCGACCCGGCACUCGACUGGGAUCCGUUUGGACUCAGCGCCAGCAUGCAGUUUCCGACGCAAUUCUCCUUUGACACGAGCAACACCCGAUAA